UCAAUAAUUUUGGAUUGCCGAAGUUUGUCCCGAAUAUUGUGGUUAUUCAAUGAUUUUAUUGUGAUUUUAUUGAAAUACUGUGAGUUGUAUCCAUUAAUUUGUACAUCGUGACGAAAUUGACGUGUGUUAGUUUGAUCUAGCAGGAUGGAUCGUUUGUUACGUCUGGGAGGAGGCAUGGCGGGGUUGUCGCAGGCACCGCCGCCGACAGACGCCCCCGUCGUGGAUACGGCGGAGCAGGUGUACAUUUCGUCGCUAGCUCUCCUCAAGAUGUUGAAGCACGGCCGCGCUGGUGUGCCUAUGGAGGUUAUGGGUCUCAUGUUAGGUGAAUUUGUAGACGAUUACACAGUGCGUGUGAUUGAUGUGUUUGCAAUGCCGCAGACAGGUACAGGGGUGUCUGUAGAGGCCGUUGACCCCGUCUUCCAGGCUAAAAUGUUGGACAUGUUGAAGCAGACUGGACGGCCAGAGAUGGUAGUGGGAUGGUACCAUUCACAUCCUGGAUUUGGCUGCUGGUUGUCAGGAGUUGACAUAAACACUCAGCAAUCCUUUGAAGCAUUAUCAGAGAGAGCCGUAGCUGUUGUAGUAGACCCCAUUCAGUCAGUAAAAGGAAAGGUGGUCAUUGAUGCAUUCCGGCUAAUAAACCCUAACAUGAUGGUACUUGGUCAGGAACCCAGACAAACCACUUCAAAUUUGGGACAUUUACAAAAGCCCUCUGUGCAGGCUCUCAUCCACGGACUCAACCGUCACUAUUACUCCAUCAGUAUAAAUUAUAGAAAGAAUGAACUAGAGCAGAAAAUGCUAUUGAAUCUUCACAAAAAAUCCUGGAUGGAUGGACUUACAUUGUCAGACUACAAAGAGCACUGUUCCAUUAAUGAGACUACUGUGACAGAUAUGCUGGAAUUAGCUAAGAACUAUAAUAAGUCUCUAGAAGAUGAGGAGAAAAUGACGCCUGAACAGCUGGCCAUCAAGAAUGUUGGUAAACAAGAUCCAAAAAGGCAUUUAGAGGAGAAAGUGGAUGUCCUGAUGUCUAACAACAUAGUGCAGUGUCUAGGAGCCAUGCUUGACACGAUGGUAUUCAAAUAACGAGCAUUCAGGACAUUUUUAUAUAAAUUUAAGGCUAUAGUAAAGUGGCAAUAAAUCCAGUUUUACUCCGUUCCCACACCAAUCCUGAUAGUCCACUAAUGUAUGAUAUUUAUUAUACAAUAUGUAUUGCAAAAUAAAACU